GAACGUGGAAGCUUCUAGAACUCUGGGACCUAAUAGGUUUACAAUGCGCCGUCACCCAGUGAAUGUUUUCUCUCAAACCCCUUGCACAAGAAUAAAAUCUAAUUUGCCCCUUUCAUUUGCCUCCUCUCUAAAACCCUAAACCCUAACACACAAUCAGGAAUUAGUUUUCUUCCAAUGGCGACAUUGAUUGGAUCUCUUCUUCGUCGCCGUGAGCUUGCUACCUCUUCUCUCUCUGCCUAUAAAAUUUUGGCUUCCAACACCAAGCCUUCGUGGUGUCCAUCAGAACUUGGUGCUAAAUGGGCUAGUCUGGCUAGACCAUUCAGCUCUAAACCCGCUGGAAAUGAAAUUAUUGGGAUUGACUUGGGUACGACCAACUCUUGUGUUGCAUUGAUGGAGGGGAAGAAUCCUAAAGUCAUUGAGAAUGCUGAAGGGGCUAGAACAACUCCUUCUGUGGUUGCUUUUAACCAGAAGGGAGAACGGCUUGUUGGUACUCCAGCCAAGCGUCAGGCAGUUACCAAUCCUGCAAACACUCUUUCCGGGACCAAGCGUCUAAUUGGCAGACGCUUCGACGAUCCUCAAACACAGAAGGAGAUGAAGAUGGUUCCUUACAAGAUUGUGAGAGGCUCAAAUGGAGAUGCUUGGCUGGAAGCAAAUGGACAACAAUACUCUCCAAGCCAGAUUGGAGCAUUUGUUCUGACAAAGAUGAAGGAAACUGCAGAAGCCUACCUAGGGAAAUCUAUUAAUAAAGCUGUGAUUACUGUUCCAGCUUAUUUCAAUGAUGCUCAGAGGCAGGCGACAAAGGACGCUGGCCGAAUUGCAGGUCUUGAUGUGCAAAGGAUUAUUAAUGAGCCUACUGCAGCUGCACUCUCUUAUGGUAUGAACAACAAAGAAGGUCUUGUUGCUGUUUUUGAUCUUGGCGGUGGAACGUUUGAUGUUUCAAUCCUUGAGAUAUCCAAUGGGGUUUUUGAGGUCAAGGCAACCAACGGUGAUACCUUUUUAGGUGGAGAGGAUUUUGACAAUACCUUGUUAGAAUUUUUAGUUAGUGAGUUUAAGAGGACAGAGGGAAUUGACUUGUCAAAAGACCGCCUUGCCUUGCAAAGACUUCGAGAGGCAGCUGAGAAAGCUAAGAUAGAGCUUUCAUCAACUUCUCAAACUGAUAUUAACUUGCCAUUCAUCACAGCCGAUGCAUCAGGGGCUAAACAUCUUAAUAUCACACUAACAAGAUCAAAAUUUGAGGCAUUGGUGAACGACUUAAUUGAGAGGACAAGGAAUCCUUGCAAGAAUUGUUUGAAGGAUGCCGGAGUAUCUUUAAAAGAUGUGGAUGAGGUCCUUCUUGUUGGAGGUAUGACACGGGUUCCUAAGGUGCAAGAAAUAGUUUCUCAGAUAUUCGGUAAAAGCCCAAGCAAAGGUGUAAAUCCAGAUGAGGCAGUUGCCAUGGGAGCUGCACUUCAAGGCGGUAUUCUACGUGGUGAUGUUAAAGAAUUACUUCUUUUGGAUGUAACUCCACUAUCUCUGGGUAUUGAAACAUUGGGAGGUAUCUUUACUAGGUUGAUCAACAGGAAUACUACCAUUCCCACAAAGAAAAGCCAGGUAUUCUCUACUGCUGCGGAUAACCAAACUCAAGUGGGCAUCAAGGUAUUACAAGGUGAACGCGAAAUGGCAUCUGAUAAUAAGCUUCUGGGUGAAUUUGAACUUGUAGGUAUUCCUCCGGCACCAAGAGGUAUGCCUCAGAUAGAGGUCACAUUUGACAUAGAUGCAAAUGGAAUGGUCACUGUUUCUGCCAAGGACAAGGCUACUAGCAAAGAGCAGCAGAUCAGCAUUCGGUCAUCCGGUGGUCUAUCGGAAGAUGAGAUAGACAAGAUGGUCAGGGAAGCUGAAAUGCAUGCCCAGAAGGAUCAAGAGCGCAAGACACUUAUUGAUCUCAGGAACAGUGCAGACACUACCAUAUACAGCAUUGAGAAAAGCUUGAACGAAUACAGGGAGAAGGUCCCCCAGGAGGUGGUUACAGCAAUUGAGACAGCUGUUUCUGACUUGAGAGCAGCAAUGGGGACUGAGAACAUUGACGACAUCAAGUCAAAACUUGAUGCUGCCAACAAAGCUGUUUCCAAGAUUGGAGAGCACAUGGCUGGCGGCAGCGGUUCUGGUGGUGCAUCCGGUGGUUCACAAGGAGGAGAUCAACAACCACCAGAGGCUGAAUACGAGGAAGUCAAGAAAUAAAUUAUUCUAGGCGAAACUGAAGGGCGAGAGAGAUGUAAUAGAUCUACUUUCGUUCUAAACAUGAUUUAAUUUUUUCCACCCCAUACCCUUCUAAGUAUCUUCUGCUCAAGUUCAAACACUGGCUGUUGUAAGUCUUGAGUGGAUGUGAAUUUGUUAGCAUCGACUUUUUUCAGUAGAGAUGUGAUUAUAAUUUUUGCGAACAACUCAAUGUUGAAAUUGACCAAACUAUACUUGUUGCCCAAAUAAGAUAAAGAAGCCACGUCCUUUCGUGCUCUGGAUUCCUUUC